GUCAGCAUGAGUUAUCCAUUGCUGAUUCUGCUCUGUGUGGGACUAUUGCACCAGACUGUGAGGGCCGUCAUUAUGGAUAAAUUAGCAGACAACAAGAUUUGUGGAGAAGCAGAAUGCUCAUAUGUUCUCUCCAUGGCCACAGCCCUGGAUGACUUCAUAGCUCCUGACUGCAGAUUCAUCAACAUCAAGAAGGGUCAGAUGGUGUACGUGUAUUCUAAACUCGUGCCAGAAGAGGGCGCCGGAGUCUUCUGGUCUGGAAGUGUUUACGGUGAGCGGUACGUGGACCAGAUGGGCAUCAUCGGAUACUUCCCUGCAACCGUGGUGAAGGAGACACACAAGUUUACAGAGGUCACAGUUAAGAUCCCCACAACCGGCAUGGAUUUUUACUGUGUUUAGGACUUAACAGAUUGAAGCGUAGACUGCACACACCGAAAGAAAGAGAGCCCUUCUCGUCAGUGUGCCAUUACAUUCUGUGGUGUUGUCUGUCUCCAUCUGGAGUGAAAACAUGGACACUUUCCACACCUCAUUGUCCACAGCCUGACCCCUGCUGUUCAGUGAGCUCCUCUGUCUCUCCUUGCUUUGUCUUUUCAGGAGACCUUUCUAAAUAAACCUCCUUUUUAUCCGUGUCGAUAAUGUUAAUUAUUUGAAAAGAUAAGAAUCUGUUUUGUUUAGCUUAUUUUACUUUUGACGACUAGGAGCUCUUUUAAAUUGUUAUAAAGGCAAAGUAGCUGCUGCGAAUAACCUCUCCUGUUGUUAAUAUUAUCAAAUUCAAUUUGUUAUGCCGAUGUAGCUUUUUUACUGUAGUUUCAAGGU